AUGCUUCCCUUUCAUAAUCUCUUCGCCCUCAUCGUUACCUUAUGGGCGAUUCUACGCCAAGCAGAGGCUAUCCCUCAAUAUCCGCGAGGGCAGAAACCAACAGAGACCACCGUUUCCACACCAGAGAUUCCCCCAUCUAGUGUACCCCCAGCCGGACCACCAGAGUCGUCGCCGUCUCUCAGCCCACCUGGUGUCCCACCUGGUGUCCCUCCUGGUGUCACAACCGGCGUGCCUCCUGGUGUUACCCCCGGUGUCCCGACUGGCGUUCCCCCUGGUGUAUCUCCUGGCGUUCCAACCCCUGGUGUCCCAACUGGCGUGCCUCCUGGUGUAUCUCCUGGCAUCCCGACUGGGGUUCCACCUGGCGUCCCAACCCCCGGUGUCCCAACUGGCGUGCCUCCUGGUGUAUCUCCCGGUGUCCCGACUGGCACUCCCCCCCAUGUCUCUCCUGGUGUCCCGACUGGCGUUCCACCUGGCGUCCCAACCCCCGGUGUCCCAACUGGCGUGCCUCCUGGUGUAUCUCCCGGUGUCCCGACUGGCGUUCCACCUGGCGUCCCAACCCCCGGUGUCCCAACUGGCGUGCCUCCUGGUGUAUCUCCCGGUGUCCCAACUGGCACUCCCCCCCAUGUAUCUCCCGGUGUCCCGACUGGCACUCCCCCCCAUGUCUCUCCCGGUGUCCCAACUGGCGUGCCUCCUGGCGUAUCUCCCGGUGUCCCGACUGGCACUCCCCCCCAUGUCUCUCCUGGUGUCCCAACUGGCGUGCCUCCUGGUGUAUCUCCCGGUGUCCCGACUGGCACUCCCCCCCAUGUAUCUCCCGGUGUCCCGACUGGCACUCCCCCCCAUGUAUCUCCCGGUGUCCCGACUGGCACUCCCCCCCAUGUCUCUCCCGGUGUCCCAACUGGCGUGCCUCCUGGCGUAUCUCCCGGUGUCCCGACUGGCACUCCCCCCCAUGUCUCUCCCGGUGUCCCAACUGGCGUUCCACCUGGUGUCCCUCCCAUUCAUACCACGAUUUGCCCCCCAUGUCCCCCUGAGCAAACGAUCACGAGUACCAUUACUGUCACUAUAUGUCCUACGGUACCUGGUGGUGGCGGUGGUGCUCCUGGAGGGGGAAUUCCUAGCGGCCCUGGCGGUACUCCUGGUGGAGGGGUUCCCGGAGGCGGAGGCCCAGCAGGACCAAGCGGACCAAGCGGUACUCCAGGUGUCCCUGGUGGUGGUGGACCCUCUGGACCUGGUGGAGGAGGUCCAGGCGGUGCAGGGGGCCCAGGUGGCGGAGGUGGUCCAGGCGGAGCUGGUGGUCAGCCUGGUGGUGGUCAGCCUGGUGCAGGCGGUCCAGGCGGUGCAGGCGGUCCAGGUGGCGGAGGUGGUCCAGGCGGAGCUGGUGGUCAGCCUGGUGCAGGAGGUCCAGGCGGUGCAGGGGGUCCAGGUGGCGGAGGUGGUCCAGGCGGAGCUGGUGGUCAGCCUGGUGGUGGUCAGCCUGGUGCAGGCGGUCCAGGCGGUGCAGGGGGUCCAGGUGGCGGAGGUGGUCCAGGCGGAGCUGGUGGUCAGCCCGGUGGUGGAGGACCAGGUAUUCCACCCGGAUGCCCAUCUCCAUCACAACCUGGCGGACCUGGACAACCCGGCGGACCUGGGCAGCCUGGUGGACCUGGACAACCUGGAGGAGGAGGAGCCGGUCCAUGCAUUCCCGGUGGAGGAGGAGCAGGUGGUGGAGGCCCAGGGGGUGGAGGAGGCGGCGGAGGCGGCGGUGGUGGUGGAGGGGGGGGAGGAGGAGGUGGUGGCAUUCCACCCGGAUGUCCCACAGUCCUAUCACCACCAACAGGAGCGGGUGGAGCGCCAGGGCCAAGCCCAACACCUGGACGACCUGGCGGUGGUGGCGGAGGGGGACCAACACUAUCACCACCAGCAACAACGCCCUCCCGCCCAACGCCUGGUACGACUACCCAUCCUGUCCCACCACCCGCUUCACCUUCUACCCCCAGCUUCACGCGCACACACACCCGGCCCACAAAAACAGCAACCGAAACAGAAGCUGAAACACCGCAGCCAACCACCGAAGUCCCUCCAGGCGAAACGUCCCCUAUCGUCACCCAAGGAAGUGAACCCCCUGGACCUGAGACAACAGAGCAUCCCACGCCAAUUGAACGUACUCAUACUCAUGAGCAAGGGAAGCGAGACGCUGGAGGGUUUUGGGGGUUCAAUAUUCCCAUGAAUACUGAUAGGGUUUAUCCUCCCCCUUCACCUAUUGUUCGGGGAUAA